AUGCGGAGAGUAGCCGGCUCAUCUAGUAGUUUAGCUCUCUCGGAUCAGCUCACGGGGGUUUCAGGCGGUACGUGGUCUCCUCAGGCCCAUUCCACGCCGGAGUACUUCUUCCCUCAUCACGGAGUUCUCAGGGCAAGCAGUGAGACAACGGAGCUCAGAGUCGUAUUCAACGGCUCAAACAAGACCAGCUCAGGACAAUCGCUCAACGAGAUCAUGCACACGGGAGCCAAGCCCCAAGCGGACAUCUCAGACGUGCUGCUAUUCACGCGAUGGCGCAAGCUCAUCUUUAUGACGGACAUCACAAAGGUGUUUCGUCAAAUUCGAGUGCAUCCGGAUAACUGGCCGCUCCAACAAAUUUUAUGGACCGACUCAAACGGAGAUAUCGUCACCUAUCAGCUCACCACGGUCACGUAUGGCACAAGGUCAGCUCCAUUUCUCUCCAUACGUGUGCUUCAUCAGCUCGUCGAGGAUGAAGUGUCGAAGUAUCUCCUCGCUGUGGAACCGCUCAUGAAAGGACGAUAUGUUGACGAUAUCUGCGGAGGUGCUGAUUCAGCUGAAGAACUACUCAGGACCGCUCACCAG